UGCUACUGGCACCGAUGGUCCAACCGAUAAAUUACAAUUUCGGACUUAAUGGAGUGGACUGGGCUUGAUCAAGACUACCAAUUUACCAAAAAGCUGAAAACCGUCCAUAUUGGUCCUAAGAAGCCAUUGCGGUAGGGUGUCUACACUGUGAACAACAGCUGCUCUAUCCCUACCUGUCAAUUUGCACGAGCAACUCUCCUUACCUUCCCACUUGCGGUUCCCCGGUCACCAUUACUGUCGUCGGUUCAAAGAUAACAACAGCCGCUUGCUCUGUGAUCUCAGCCAGCCAUCACACGAAGUCUGACGAUGUCAGUGUCCAGGUCAUCGCCAGGAAGGGACGUCAUUGUGCCGGGCGACAAUGCCGGAGACGGGAGUCUCUUCAAGGACUUUGAAGUUGCCUUCGGAUACCGAUCUUCAUUGAUUCCCUUGCACUUCCGGAGGCUCUGUGUGCGAGGUGGGGAUGGGUAGAAAGAGCUGCCGAAAGCAAGAGAUUUGUUAAGGUUUUUUUUAGAGACGAUCAUUAUUCACUAUACAUUAAGUCUGGUAAAUAGUGCAACCUAAAGUUUGCCACGUAGACAUAUGGUGAAUGUACUAUACGGGUCCACUCCUCAAUUUGGACGCAUCUAUCUAAUAAUCUUUUGACAAUUAUAAAAAAUUGGUUUGAUUAUGGUCAACUUGAUACAAUCAUUCUAUUAGAGGCACCUCUUCAUCCUGAUCAUCAGUUUCUCAGGGAGUAGAAUUUGCUAAUGACUAAGGUUGUUAUGACCAGAAUAACAUGUGUAUGUCUAAACAUUCAUGAUAGUGCCGGUCCAAUUCUCUUCUAUUUGGCCAUGAAUGGAACACCGUUCUGCUGCUGCAUGCAGGUACAGAUUCUGUUCGAGUUCUUUUAUUGUGUCCAUGCAGAUUUUGUACUCCAAUGAAGCUUGGUUAAUUUUUGCAGAGAUCCCGGUCCUUGCCUCGUGUAUAUGGUCGCUGACCAAUGAAUGAACCUGCGUUUAACGUCUAAGCCUAUUACCUUAGCCUAUGUAUUUGCAAGUCUCGUGAAAACAAUGUGCAGGUAAUAUUGGCUAUAAACAUGAGUAUCAAUCACGACGAAGCCUUUGCUUCCUGCAUGUUGGGACGAGAACUUCAAAAAUAUGUGAUUCUUUUUUAGAUCAUAUUGAUUUGUAUACUUUUGUCUGUUGGCAAAAGUACAUCUGUUGCCUUCUGCAUUUACGAAAAAUAUGGUUAAUGGAGACAUUGUAGGUAUCCAUAGUGAUGGAGCAUAUACCAAUGCGAUUUAUAUGAUUGGUACAAGAACAAUGGAACCAACAUGUUUAUUUUUAGAUUCUAAUAGUUUGUGAGAUUCUAUACGGCUGGGAAAAAAAUACCAUGCUGCUUUGUGGAGUUUUAUGCAAGUCAAUAACAGAAGACUGGAGAUACGUUGUCUUAGAGCAAAUAAAAAAUUUGUGGGACAAGAAAAAUGGAAUCUACAUGUUUAGUUUAGAUUCUAAAAGUUUGUCUGAUUCUAUACAGCUGGGAAAUACAUAUCGGCUGCUUUGUAUAGUUUAGAAGAAUUCCGGAGGUAAGUUCUUGAUGAGGAGAAUAUAACAAGGCGACUGCAUUUUGUGCAUUUGUCUCAUCUAAUUAUUUCGUAUUUAAAAAAAAUGAUACAGCCAGUUUAUUGCAAAAAUAAAUGAAGUUAUGGACACUCAUUGACAGAGACAAAAUAGUAUUAUCUUGUAACUUCCACGAUGGCAGUCUUUUCGGCUAUAAAUUUUAUAGAAUCUAAAACUGAAAUUCUCUUAUAUACUAUAUAUUCUCUUAUCUCGUUCCUUUCACUCUUCGUGAAGUGAUAUGAUACUUCAUAUAUACUUGACCAUACAUAAGAACUUUGGUUCAAGAAUCUUUGAUCGGGAUUUCAAAAAAAAUGAAGGAACAAGCAGAGUUUGCAAGAAGGCUUGGUGAUGGAGAAGAAGAUGGUUAUGAUGCUGUUGUUGUGGGGUCUGGAUAUGGUGGUUCUGUUGCUGCUUGUCGCAUGUCAAUGGCCGGCAUAAAGGCAUGUUUAAUUGAAAAAGGGCGGAGAUGGAAAGCUCAUGAUUUUCCAACAGACAGCUGGAAGAUCAUGUCUGCUGUAAGGAUGGAGAACCAUAACUUAGGUGUCAGCUUUGGCCCAAAAGAUGCUCUAUUCCAGGUACAUGAACAAAAUGAUUCUCUAGCAGUGGUGGCCUGUGGGAUUGGUGGAGGUUCACUUGUGAAUGCAGGAGUUAUGGUGCCAACCCCAGUUCGUGCUAGAAGAAAUACAAAGUGGCCAAAAGAAUGGGAAAGGGAUUGGGAUAUUUGUGAAGCUUCUGCUGCAGCCAUGCUGGGAAUACAAAGAGUUCCUGUCAAGUUCCCUGCUGCGAAAGUCUUGGGAGAAUUAACUGAUGGAGAGAUUGAAAAAAGUUUUGAGACUUCAAUGAAGUUAAGCGUGAAUUUUGCUCUUGAAGAACCAGUGUCCAAUUCAAUGAAGUCUCAAAAAAUGGGUCGCUGCUUAGCCUGUGGAAACUGUCUUGCUGGGUGUCCUUAUAAUGCCAAAAGUUCUACUGACAAAAAUUAUCUACUUUCAGCAAUCCAGGCAGGAUGUGAUGUGACAACAGAAUGUCAGGUUCACUACGUGGUUAAAAACCCAUAUGAAAAUUUCCAAGAAUGCAGAAUUAGCAGAAAGAGAAGAAGAUGGCAUGUUUACUUGAAUGAGAUUGACUAUAUAACUGCUGAUUUUGUAGUCCUCUCAGCGGGAGUUUUCGGCACAACUGAGAUACUUUUCCAGUCACAAAUGAGAGGAUUGAAACUGUCAGAUUCACUUGGGUCCGGAUUCAGCUGUAAUGGAAAUACUGUGGCCUAUCUUGCUGGAAGCCCUGCACCGUUGAGUUCAUAUGGAUUAAACAGAAAGCAACUCUCGAAGAUACCUUUUCAAGAACGGCCCAGGGCCAUCCAUCUCUUCAUCUUACACAUAUUCAUCGGGCUUCACAAUCCAGGGUGCUGUACUUCCAACAGCAUAUCCUUACUUGUUGUUUAAAGGGAUCACAACUUACGGAUGGCCAACUGGCUUCUGGUUCUU